AUGGGAGAGGAAUACUACUUCCACCGUGUAUCCACACCGAUUGCCUACAACAGUGAGGCCAAACCUGAUGGCGACUGGCUCAAAAGCCUCAACAGGCUUGGCGCUAGCACAUGGGGCCGUCCGCAGCUGGUAGCUUUACGAGUGCUUGUUGUAGAAACGGACGCAAGCCUUCUUCCAUCCCUUAAUGAGGAUAAAGACUUUGUUGAGGCUUCGUCAAUGCUACGUUUCGACCAAGCUUCCGAGUCUGAUCCCCGGCAAGAGGAUGAUCGUGGAGAACCGACGAGGGCGAGGGCGCUUUUCAAAUUAGUGAAAGGUCCACCGUACCAUGACCGUGUCACUCGCAGUGUGCGGACAGAAUAUGCCCUCCGCCGUGACCCCCUUGGCAGUGUAUGGGCUGCGAUGAACCGUCUGUGUUUGUCUGGCGAGACUGAUGAUUCCAUCGAUUCACGGGACGAGGAGGGUGAUGAUGUGCACGAGGCCCACGAGACGCCCUCAAUGGGCAGUUCUCCGCCCGUUGGCGGCAUAUCAGGUGUGAAGCGGGACCUCUCAUUUUCGCCGUUACUCGAACAACGUCCAAAACGGCAAGCAACCCAGGCGCCGUUGGCACCCACGUACAACAGAGAAGAGUUGACUGAAGCUAUCGGACCAUCCUCGCCAUCCCAGCAUCUUUCGUCGUCGCAAUCUCAUAUCCCCCAGGAAGAAGCCGUAAAAUCGCCACAAAGACCUGAAGAUUUGACUCAUCGAUUUGCAAGCGAGUUCAUCCGGUACGUCCUUGAACACCUUCCACAAAGCGACUGGUCUGACUCGGAUGACUUUGCCGUGGAUUUCGAUGAUCUCAAGCUCGAAUUGCACUGUCGCAUUCAGAGAGAAAUCGCCUACAGAUCUAUUGACGAUGGGGGGUUGUCCCUCGUUCAGGACUUUGGCGAACGCUUGGGUCGCGUUGCAAUCCUCGAGACCAAGGGACACCUUGGUAAGAUAUUAGACGGCGUGCCAAAACUGUCAGAUGAACGGUUCGCCCAAAUCAUAGGACAAGCCGUAUCAAUGCGGCUGGCGCGAAGAAAGUGGGUAGGGCCACAAGAUACCAUCUUCGCCAUUGCCGCCGCACGAUAUUACAUGCGGUUCUUCGAGGUGCACAUCACCCAAGACUACGUUGACCAGCUUGAAGUAAGCGAGAAUCACCAGCAUGCAGCUGCAGAGUUCAUCAAGGUAAAGGCAACCAAAUGGUUUGACCUCCGAAACGAAAGGCCUCGAAACCAUGCUAUUAUCAAUAUUGCGGGCAUCGUCAGCCAAGGCUUCAAGGCAGCAGGAGUCUCGUGA